AUGCCGGGAUCGGUCCAGGAGGGUCGAGUCACCAAGAAUAAAGCCACGCCAUCCUCGCGGCGCAAAUCGUCCAGAGCGCAAUCUCUCCAAGUACAAAAGGACAAGAACAAAGAAGCAAAACCACUUCCGCUCGUAGAGCGCGUCAACAAGCUCUCUUGCGAAGAAUUCAUUUCGCUAUACAUACCACCCCAGGACCGUGAACACACGUCAACAGCUCCUGCAAAAUACGAUGGAAUCGCGGACGUGAAGUAUACGCUUGACAUCUACACGGCAAAAACUAUCCCUCCAGGGGAUUUCGAAGCAUGCUUCAAGCUCAUCGAGCAAACGCAGUCAGAGGCCUACGCGAAUUCCAGCUUUGGAUGGUCUCCAUCCAAGAAGCGAAGGGAGAUGCGUUUGCCUGAUAUGAAGUACAUCGUCUUGCGACAGGCCACGGGCGACAAUGCAGAGGCUGCUGGAAUAGAAAUGUCCCCCGACAACGCAGGCUUUCAGGGGUUUCUUUCGUUCAUGGUGACCUACGAAGAUGGCUAUGAAGUUAUCUAUUGCUACGAAGUUCACCUGUUGCCAUCUGCGCAAGGUCGCGGUUUAGGAGAGAUGCUGAUGACGAGGUUCGCGGAGGUGGGAAGGCGUGUUGGAGUCCAGAAGGCUAUGUUGACUGUCUUCAAAUCCAAUACCAAGGCUAAUCGGCUUUAUAAGAAACUGGGUUACGAGGUGGAUGAGUAUUCGCCUGCACCCCGUACGCUACGAAACGGGACGGUCGUCGAUGUUGAUUACUGGAUCAUGUCACGAAAGCUGCAAAGCAGUCAUCCAGAAGACGACUCAUGA